UCUCAACAUGACGGUAUAAAUUCGUUGAACACAGAGUUGUAUUCGUAAUAAAAUACUUUUUUAGUAUCAUAAGUAAUAUCGAGUGUAGGUACCAUACCAAUAUCGUAACAAAUCAAACCAAUAUCAACCGAACAACCCUGAUACACAUGUACAUGUGUUUGUUUUUAUGGUUUUCAAUCCAUGUAAAACACAAGUCAAUUGCUAUGCCGAGUGUUGGAGUUAUGCUGGUACUGUAAUAAACCGAACUGAUACCGACCAAAAAACAUGUCACGAAGCCCUAACGUUUUAGACUCAUCUCGUUCACCCAUAUCGUAUCUACGGAGCCUAACGUUUAUAUUUUAACAUCGAGUGGUGGUAUAUAUACCAACCCAUUCGACCGUUGCAUCACUUUCCCAAUUUCAUCAAUCACAAAAAAACCCUAAUUUUUCCCCCUUUCUACAAACACCUCAAAUCGUCUUGAAUUCUCUACUUUUCUACAAUUACUCACAAUCUCCAUCAAAUUCCCAUCACACACAACAAUUCUUCAACCCCAAAACUCAACAACUCGCGCAUAGAACAUCGAAUCUCGGCUUUCUUUCUUUGACGCAUUUCAUCGAACACUUGGAGUGCAUCAGUUAUGGGGAAACGGAGAGUUUCCGUUUCUGCGGCUGACAAUGGGGCAAAAGACCGAGAAGAUUCUUGGAAGAAGAUCUUUAAAGGACUCGUUGACAUGAUAGAAGAUCAACAGAGAAAACUUGAAGCUUUAGUGGAGGAAAGACAAUUUCUUGAAAAAAGAUUUAAAUCCCAGCAGGAUAGAUGGAUUUUUGACAUUAAGUUGUUGCAAGAUCAUAUUUUUCAGAUGAAAAGAGAGUCCAAAAUCAAAGAUAUGUCUCGUUUUCUUGACGAUGCAAAGGCGAAUUUAAUCAUCUCUAUGAAGCAAAAGGAAGCACUUAUGAACAAUCUUAAAUUUGAAGAAGCGGAUGAUGAACGGGCUGAUCUGAAACUUCUCUUUGAAGAGUUCUCUCAGUUUUUGGCUGAGCCAAAACGAGUAACCAGAAGUAAUACCAAAGAUAAUGCUGAGUCAGCGUUAAAAGCCGAGAGGGAUUUUGCAUGGAACCAGUUCAACAAAACCGACGACAAGUUGCAAGAACUCAUUAAAAAGACUAGAUCCGAAGUUCAAACCACUAACGACAAAGUACAGAAACUGAUAACGGACCUAGAACAAUCACAGUCGUUAAACAUGGAGAAAAACAGAAGGAUUUCAGCAUUACAAGACGACAUAGCUAUACUAGAAUUCGAUUCAAGGAAAAAAAGUGAAGAAAUUUCCCGACUCACUAAAGAACUGGAGUUGUUGAGAGGUGAUUCCGAUAGUUCUUUGACGCCGGUAUUACGUCGUUGUAUGGUGAAAUCGUCGAAAAAUAGUCGUUUGGGUGACAUGGGCCACAUGGCGAUCGUUGAUAAGGAAGUAAGAAGCUCCAAGAGAAAAGCAACUGAAACCGCACCGAGACUUUUUACAUCCAAAUUCAAAGUUCCAAAGUUAAAAACAUGAAAUCUUAUUCAGGUUUUAUUAGUAUGUAUGUAUGCAUGUAAGUAUGUAUGUAUGUGAGCGUGUGCCGGAUUUCCUAAUUUCUUUAACUUUUAGAUGUUAAAUUGUGUUAGUAACUUCAUGGGCCGAUACAUGUCCAUCCUGUUUGAGGUUAGUAUCGUUUUGAAUGUAAAAUUUUAGCGAGGUUUUUUU